AUUUGCCUUUGAAAUGACUUGACAAUCUUGAUCUCGGCGUGGUGUAAAUAGUUAUAAAUACCGGCACCCUUGCAAAUUUUUUCGAAUUAUAUUAUUUAUCUACACAGAAUGAUGAAUAUGGGAGGUCGAAUAGUUUUAACAUUCCUAUUAGGAAUUUUUCCCAUAAUUCACGGAUCUCGAAUUUUAGUGAUUUCUCAAAUACCUACACACAGUCAUCAUCAAACUUAUAGGCCCAUAGCUAGAGAAUUAUCAAAACGAGGCCAUGAGGUAGUGUUUGUUACUCCUAUGCCAAUAAAAGAUCCAAAACUAACUAAUCUAACUGAAAUUGAUGUGAGCAAGGAAAUUUUCGAGGCGUUAGGUAGAUUUGGUGGCUUAGACUUCAUGUCUAUUGAGACUCCAGUUUAUACAAAAAUCCAAACCCUCUAUCCAAUGCUAGAGGCUUUUUUCGAAGCUACUUUGUCUAAUGCAGAAUUUAAAAAAAUCUACACAGACGAACGUCAAAAAUUCGACUUGAUUUUAUGUCAAAUUUACACAAAUCCCAUAAUGUAUGCUAUGAGUGCAAAAUUGAAAGCACCAAUUAUUGGUGUCUCAUCUAUGGGCGUCUUUGCUGGUAAUCAUUUGGCUAUUGGAAACCCUAACCCACCUUCAAUUUAUUCCGAAAUGUAUUUACCAUACAAUGGAGAAUUAACAUUUUUUGAGCGUAUAAAAAGUACCGUCUAUUUCUUAUGGCAUAGACUCUAUGUGCAUUUUAUAGCUAUGCCCCACAGUGAUCAAAUUGCUAGAAAAUACCUUGGCCAAGAUAUUCCAUAUUUAGCAGACAUAGAGAAAAAUAUAUCUGCUCUAAUGAUAACUGUCAACCCAAUAGUUUACGCUAAUCGGCCAAUGGUACCAACAGUGGUUCCUUUGAGUUUUUUGCACGUGGAUAAACCGAAACCUUUGCCAAAAGACCUCAAAGACGAAAUUGAAAGUGCCAAAAAUGGGGUGGUUUAUUUCAGCUUGGGUUCCAUUGUAAAAAGUGCCGGUAUUAAUGAACGUGUUCGUCAAGUAAUUAUGGAAGCUUUGGCCGAGUUGCCUUACAAGGUUUUGUGGAAGUUUGAAAACGAUACUAUGCCUGGAAAACCAAAAAAUGUUGUUACAAGGAAGUGGAUGCCUCAACAAGAUAUUUUAGCUCAUCCUAAUGUUAAAGUAUUCAUGACCCAAUUCGGUCUACAGUCUUUGGAAGAAGCCGUGGACAGAGAAAUGCCUUUAGUGGGAAUUCCUUUUAUUUCUGACCAAGGAAUGAACGGGAAAAGAUUGGUAGAAUGGGGAGUUGCAAAACAAAUAGAUUAUAGAAACACCACUAAAGAGGAAAUUGUGAAGGCGGUCAUGGAAGUUGCUGAAAAUCCAAUUUACCGUGAAAACAUGAGAAAAGUGAAAAAAAUUAUGCAAGAUGAACCGAUGACAGGCACAGAAAGGAUGAUCUGGUGGAGCGAGUACGUCAUCAGACACAAAGGGACCAAACACUUGAGAAGCCCCACCGUUGACAUAGAAUGGUACAAAUAUUUAUUGUUAGAUGUUUUUGCAGUUAUUGUUGGUAUUCCUGUAUUAGUUCUAUUAAUUAUUGUUAAAUUGUUACUCAACACACUCAAAAAAACACCUAUCAAAAAGACUAAAACUAAGAAAAAUUAAACUGUGAUAUAAUAAUUCUAGAAAUAAAAAACGGCCAGUAUGUAACAAAUUUUUCAUUUAUCAACAAAUCCAGUUUAAAAAUCGUCAUUUUCAAAUGGAUGGUUUGGAUGUCCGGCUCCCCUAAUAAACAAACAAUUCAAUAAAAUAAUAUUCCACAAAAUCACACAAAAAUUCUUACUCUGAAUGUUGGCAAACUCGUCCAUUGCAAUCAAAACUAUCCAAAACGGCAACAUCGGCAGCUUCAAGUGCGAAAUCGAAAAUAUCAAGAUUUUCCGCAAUCCUGGAUUUGGUGACCGAUUUUGGAAUUGGAACGACACCCAGUUGAUGUAAAUACCUAAGAAUCACUUGCGCAGGGCUCUUUUUGUACUUUUCAGUUAAAGCCAAAAUUUUAGGUUCUUUAACUAGGAUCGGGUCAUCUGGUUUAGCCCAUGGCCUGUCAGGUGAUCCCAAUGGACUGUAGGCAGUGAUAACAAUGUCCUUUGAUUUACAGUAAGCUGUUAAUUUCUUUUGGUUGAGGUAAGGAUGGCAUUCAACCUGGUUCGUCACAGGUUUAACGGUACCAUUAGCUAAAAUCCUUUCUAAUUGUCUUUUAUUAAAGUUUGACACCCCAAUAGAUUUAGUAAGGCCUUUCCUGUGAAUUUCUUCAAAAGCCUUCCAUGUGUCCACAUAAUCAAUGUCACCGUAAAGGGUUUUGCCGUCAGGGCCUUUUGGAGUAUAUACUUCACCUUGCUAUUAAUAUUGAUCACAAUUUUUAAAUUAUCUUAUCUUUGAAAAGUGUUUUGCUUACUUUGAAGGCUGUAGGCCAAUGAAUAAGAUACAAAUCCAAAUAAUCCAAACCCAAAUAUCCUAAACUCCUUUUGAUGGUGGGUUCAACCAAAUCGGGCCUCAUCAGGUUACACCACAGUUUACUGGUGACGAAAAGGUCUUCCCUUUUGACAACACCUUCGUCGAUUUUGGCUUUAAUUCCAGCACCGACUUCUUCCUCGUUCAAAUAGUACAAGGCGCAAUCGAGAUGACGAUAUCCAGCAUCAAUGGCAUCUUUAACUGCUUGAGUAACUUCGCCUGGUUUUG